AAUGAGCUCCAAACAUCGGUCGACAGCUCGGUUGCCGAGCGUCCCCCCACAGCCCUCCGACUCAACACCACCAGUCCUCAGGCCCGGCGGGCUGGAGCUGCGAGCCCAAUGUCCCCCAACACAGCUUUACGAUUAGCUGUGCGCCCUCUCCGGGGAGUGGCAGUUCUCGAUCAAUUGGCAACAGCGGCAGCGUCGCGGCAUGUGUCGCAAUUCCCGCCAAUAAUGGUAUGCGUGCGUUGCAGCGUCGCCGUCGGCAUACGGUUUGCCGCAAGCCGUGCUCGUCACUUCUCGACCGCUCCUCCGCCGCCACGGCGCCCUCCACCACCGAACCCCCGGGAUAACGGUGACAAACCUGAGCCGGAAACAGCAGGUUCUAAAGAUGCUGCCCCUCCAACCCCAGCAUCACCGCCCCCGGCCGAGCAACCCACACCACCUGGCCCAGAACCGUCCCCUCCCCCAUCCCCAGAGCCGGCAGCAUCUCCAGAAUCUGCAAGCCCGGAACCGUCACAAUCCGACAAACAACCAGCUCCUCCCCCAAGCCCCGAAAAUAACGAACCACUACCCUCAGACCGCUCCCUCCCCUCCUUCAGCGAAACCCACCGCCACCCCCUCUCAGCCCGCUUCAGCACCUUCAUGGACAACCUCCAAUCCCGCGCCCUGACCGCCACGCAAAAGAUCAACGACCUGACCGGCUACUCGGCCAUCGAGGCCAUCAAAGCCCAAAACAGCCAGCUCGAGCGAGAGCACGCGGCCGCGCAGGCCCGGCUGCGCGCGGCGCGGCACAACUACAAAUCCCUCACCUCGCACCGCGCCUCGACCCAGCGCGAGGUGACCACCCUGCUCGCGCGCAAGGACACGUGGAACCCCGCCGACCUGGAGCGCUUCACGACGCUCUACCGCAGCGACCACGAGCUGGAGGCGCAGGUGGCGGCCGCCGCGGCCGAGCUGACCGAGGCCGAGACGGAGGAGUCCCGGCUGAGCGGGGAGCUGAACGCGGGCAUCCUGAAGCGGUACCACGAGGAGCAGAUCUGGAGCGACCGCAUCCGGCGGCAGUCGACGUGGGGCACCUGGGGCCUGAUGGGCGUCAACGUGGUGCUGUUCCUGGUGCUGCAGUUCGUGGCCGAGCCGUGGCGCCGGAAAAGACUGAUGCGCGGCAUUGCCGAGCGGGAGGAGGGCGUGUUUGAGGAGGUGAAGCGCGAGCUGGAGGAGGUCAAGGCCGCGGUGGCGGCCGCCGCGUUGAGGGAGAGGCAAGCGGCGGCGGCGGCGGCUGCUGCGCAGGCCGAGGAGCUGACUCCCGCCGUGGUGGUGGAAGGGGAGGAUGGCGUGGGCCUCGUUGACCCUUCUCCCGCGACGACCCCGGUGGGCCUCGAAGAGGAGGACGCGAGGCCGAGGAAGCCGUGGAAGGAGUUCAUGCUGGACUACUGGGAGGACCCGGAGCUGCUGAAGGCGGAUGUGCUGGAUCUGACCAGCGAGCGGAGGAUAAACCUGCGCAUGCGCGAUGUGUCGCUGAUCGCUCUCCAGGGGGCGGUGGCCGGGGCUACCGUGGCGGCGGCCCUUGCAUUGGUCUUGUUGCGAAGCUCCUCAACGACAUGAAACCCCCCUCCUCAGUCACCACCAAGAAAGACUCAAACUGUGCUCGGGACUGACUUCGUGUACGUGUAUAAACAAUCCGUGUACAUUAUCCAGGACGAUAGACCUGUCCGUAGAUACAAUAUAAACGACCAAGUCCCGACGAUCGGGAUGCGUUCUGCUGUACCGCAUCAAGGACUCCUGAAAUGACUC